AUGUCUUAUUCCAAAGUUACAGUUGAAUCAUCUUCGAAAAGUGGUAAAAGUGCAAUUAGUCAUAAAUCGAGCGUCAGUUUCGGUGAUGCUCUUACGAUGUUUGAUAUAUGUGGUGGUAAAACAUCAAAAUCUACUGAGUUGAACUCUGUACUGAAGAAAAGAGUACCGACUAAACCGAAAAGUGCAAGUUCUAGUGCCAAGGAAAAUAAAUAUUCAACGGAUCCUAAGAGUAAUAAGGACAAGGAAAACGAAGACAAGUCGAGGAAAAGUAGAAUUUCAAAACGAUUUGUAGAAUUAUUUGGCGAUGAUCUGUCCGAUAUUGAUAAGCCUGAGAAGAAGGACAACAGAAGUGAUAAGGACAAUAUUAAUCUAUUUGGCGAUGAUCUGUCCGAUAUUGCCAAGCCUGAGAAGAAAAACAACAGAAGUGAUAGGGACAGUACAGUAAAUCUAAGCAAGGAAAGCGAAGACAAGUCGAAGGAAAGUAUAAUUUCAAAACGAUUUGUAGAAUUAUUUGGGGAUGAUCUGUCCGAUGUUGAUAAGCCUGAGGAGAAGGAAAACAGAAGUGAUAAGGACAGUAUAAGCAAGUUGGAAUCGAAGCAGUCAAGAAAUCCGAGCAAGGAAAAUGAAGUGAAGUCGAAGAAAAGGACUCACGAAUCAGAGACUUCGCCGUUGGAACCGUCAUGCAAAAAGCGGACGGGUCAAGGGCUGACAGAUAUCGACAUAAAUGUCAUGUUUGCCCAGACUGCAGUGAAGAUAUCGUCUAAAGUCGAUAAGAAAAAUGACAUGAGAAGAUCCAAGGAGAAGUCGUCCAGGUCAGGACGCGAUAGGCACGAGAAGCACCGUAGUAAAGGUGUCAUAUAUUAA